CUCUUAACGAAAUGUUCAAAAUGAACGUAAAACUUUUAAUAAUUAUGAAAUUAUUAUUAAUUGUCUAUAAUUUGACAACGGUUCAAGGUAAUUGUAAAGUAUAUAUUUCGAGAAAUUCACAGUUCAUUCCCAAAUUUGAAAGACAAAUUGGCAACAUUAAACUGCAAGUAAAUAUUACAAAUGACAAGUUCGAAAUUGGUAUUGGCGAAAGUGUGACAGGUUCCUGCGAAACAUAUUUUGGAUCACUAGAAAAUACAGUCAUGGAAGUUAAUGACCUCAUACGUUUUAGUAAAAUACAAUCGAUUGAAUUGUCUUGCGAGGAUGAUAUAUUAUUCUACCAGUCCAUGCAAGUCUAUAGACCACAUUUUGAGUGCGUUCAAACUAAUUGGGAUAUUGUAUAUAAUAAGGAUAAUAUUUCCAGAUGUCGAAAUUUAAAAUCUACUUCUUUAUUGUUAUUAUCGAAAAUAAAUAAAGGUGAUAUAUCAUUUGCUAAAUUAUGCUACGAUUUGGAAAAGGUUUCUCUACGAAAUAUACACUACACAGUACAAAACACUCUUAAAACUAAUUCAGAAAUGCUAAACGACAUGGAAUUUAUAUAUCCAAGUUUGAAUCCUUAUAGUCUUUCGGCUGAUUUACAUCUUUUAAAAACGACUAAAUCUGUAAUAAUAAAUAAUAACUUAUUACAACAACAAUUCAUUAAUUUAUAUGAAUUAAAUCCCUUAUUAUCAUUUGCCAACUAUGAAGUAUCGUCCAUUGUACAGGGUCAUUCGUAUGCGGAAUAUUUUAAAGAAUACAAUGUAUUUUUAAAUAUUAUAUGGUGGAGAAAUUUACGUCUGGGAAAUUGGAAAAUGUUUGUUAAUACUUUGGAAAACUAUGCCAUCAACAAUAGAUUUGAAAUUUUAACCGGGACAUCAGGCAUAGCAGAACUUCCGAUUAAUUUAACAGAGAAGCACAGCAAAAAACUAGAAUUGGAGAUUGAUAUGAAAACUAUUACUGUACCCGAAUACAUAUGGUCUUAUGUUAGUUCCAUUGAUGUUUAUAAACAAGAUUUUAUAAUUGUCGCCUACAAUUCUCCAUAUGCAGAGCUCUUUUCAUUGGAUAACAUAAUUUUUUGUCCCGAUAUGUGUGCAGACAUACCCUGGCUAAAGAACGUUUACACCUCAUUUCGUUAUUCAUUUGCUGGCAUUAUGUUUUGUUGUUCAUCGGAUUUCAUUAAGGAAAACAAUCCUUUAGAGGGUUUUCCAAUUGAUGUUCUUAAUGUAGGUUCAGUGGAAAACUAGUGAAUAAUAAAUUCAUAUAUUUCUUAUUUUCUCUAA